AUGAAUAGAAUAAACAAGUAUAAACUUAUUCACCAAGCUGUGGCUCCUUUGGAUGAUUCUGGCCAUCGCGAAUCUUUAAUUGCAACAUUCCAAACGAUUGGUUCAGAUUCUCCUGUUAUUUUUCAUAUCGCCUGCGUUCAUCUUAAAUCCAAGACUCAUUUCGCCAACUUGCGGAUCAAUCAAGGCCGAAGAUUGUUAGAUUUCUUUGAAAAAUAUUUACACUCCUUCAAUAAAUCUCACAUUGAGCGAAAAAAUGAAGUCGAUCCUGUUUUUAUUGUUGGGGAUUUCAAUGCUGAAACAUAUGAAGAAGUCAUAAAUAUAGUAAGUUCUUGGUCUCCGCAUUGCUAUGGAACUGGGCAGAAACUUGUUAGUGCAUACAAACGUACGAAUGGAGGUAAAGAACCUGAAUUUACCACGUGGAAAAUUCGUAAAGGCCCAAGAUCUGGUGACUAUAAUGAGGCAAAGCACACAAUUGACUACAUUUGGUAUCUUUCACCUCGUGCUAAGUUGAAAGGCGUAUUUUCUAUUCCAUCUAGCGAGACAAUCGGCCAUCAGGCUUUACCUUCAAGCUCUUUUCCCUCUGAUCACAUGUCUCUUAUAGCAGACUUUAUUAUUUGA